UCAUUCCACGGUGACUUUUCGUCACUGUAUUGGUAUAUUAGGUCUGUAGUUUUUGUAUUCUAAAGAUAAGAGAAUAUCUGACAUUGGGAUCUAAAGGGAGACAACAUGAGGGUCGUCUGGUUGCUGACCUUUCUGGUCGCACUUCACGCGACGUCGACUUUAGGUCUUUUCAAUUUAGCUGGUUUAAAUUUGGGAGCCGGCUUGACUUUAGGUGGGACAAAAACACAGGACACAAUUAAAAAAGAUGACACCAAAAGCUCUCAACUAAAAGGGGAUGACACAAAAAAUACUCAGCUUAGUGGGCAACAGAAAAAACAAAGCUCAUUUCAAGUUGCAGGGAGUGUUAGUGCUCAAGCUAAUACAAACCUUAAAAUAGAUGCAACUAAGAAAGAUGACUCAUCUAAAAAAGAUGAUGGCAUAAGUGCUUUAGAUAGCAAACUUGUGCAAGGUGUCAGCAAUGUUUUGGGAAAGUUAUCCAACCAAGACAAUGUGGCAAAAAAAGAUGAUGGUAAACCUAUUGUCUCUAGUGGAAACAACCAGCCAGCAUUGAAUGAUAAAAUCAAUGAUGCUUCUAAGGGAAGCUCCAAGAAAGCUGGUGACAAAUCUGGAAACGAUGAAGGUUCAAAAGGAUCUCAGCAAGGCUCUAAAAAUGGUUCAAAUAAGUUGGUCAGCUCAGUAGGUAAAGCAGGAGACCAAAAUGAAUCCAACAAAUUUAAAGGAACUACCAAGAAUGGAGUAUUGAAUAACCUCAGUGCUGGUCUAAAGGGAAAUUUAGGCAAAACUGGAGGUAUAUCUGGAAACAAUGGAAGUCCUAAGGGAUCUAAAGAAGGAUCUAAAAAUGGUUCAAAUAAAUCAGUUGGAUCAGUCAAUCAACCAGGAGACCAAUCUAAAUCCAAAAAAUCUAAAGGAAAUACAAGGAAUGUUGAAGGAGUCAUUGGCAACCUUAGUGCUGGUCUAAAGGGAAGUUUACCUAAAGUUGGAGGUAAAUCUGGAAAUGUAGGAAGUCCAAAGGGAUCUAAAGGAGGAUCUAAAAAAGGAUCAAAUAAAUCUGUUGGAUCAGUCAAUCAACCAGGAGACCAGUCUAAAUCCAAAAAAUCUAAAGGAAAUACAAGGAAUGUUGCAGGAGGCAUUGGCAACCUCAGUGCUGGUCUAAAGGGAAGUUUACCUAAAGUUGGAGGUAAAUCUGGAAAUGUAGGAAGUCCAAAGGGAUCUAAAGGAGGAUCUAAAAAAGGAUCAAAUAAAUCUGUUGGAUCAGUCAAUCAACCAGGAGACCAAUCUAAAUCCAAAAAAUCUAAAGGAAAUACAAGGAAUGUUGCAGGAGGCAUUGGCAACCUUAGUGCUGGUCUAAAGGGAAGUUUACCUAAAGUUGGAGGUAAAUCUGGAAAUGUAGGAAGUCCAAAGGGAUCUAAAGGAGGAUCUAAAAAAGGAUCAAAUAAAUCUGUUGGAUCAGUCAAUCAACCAGGAGACCAAUCUAAAUCCAAAAAAUCUAAAGGAAAUACAAGGAAUGUUGCAGGAGGCUUUGGCAACCUUAGUGCUGGUCUAAAGGGAAGUUUACCUAAAGUUGGAGGUAAAUCUGGAAAUGUAGGAAGUCCAAAGGGAUCUAAAGGAGGAUCUAAAAAAGGAUCAAAUAAAUCUGUUGGAUCAGUCAAUCAACCAGGAGACCAAUCUAAAUCCAAAAAAUCUAAAGGAAAUACAAGGAAUGUUGCAGGAGGCAUUGGCAACCUUAGUGCUGGCCUAAAGGGAAGUUUACCUAAAGUUGGAGGUAAAUCUGGAAAUGUAGGAAGUCCAAAGGGAUCUAAAGGAGGAUCUAAAAAAGGAUCAAAUAAAUCUGUUGGAUCAGUCAAUCAACCAGGAGACCAAUCUAAAUCCAAAAAAUCUAAAGGAAAUACAAGGAAUGUUGCAGGAGGCAUUGGCAACCUUAGUGCUGGUCUAAAGGGAAGUUUACCUAAAGUUGGAGGUAAAUCUGGAAAUGUAGGAAGUCCAAAGGGAUCUAAAGGAGGAUCUAAAAAAGGAUCAAAUAAAUCUGUUGGAUCAGUCAAUCAACCAGGAGACCAAUCUAAAUCCAAAAAAUCUAAAGGAAAUACAAGGAAUGUUGCAGGAGGCAUUGGCAACCUUAGUGCUGGUCUAAAGGGAAGUUUACCUAAAGUUGGAGGUAAAUCUGGAAAUGUAGGAAGUCCAAAGGGAUCUAAAGGAGGAUCUAAAAAAGGAUCAAAUAAAUCUGUUGGAUCAGUCAAUCAACCAGGAGACCAAUCUAAAUCCAAAAAAUCUAAAGGAAAUACAAGGAAUGUUGCAGGAGGCAUUGGCAACCUUAGUGCUGGCCUAAAGGGAAGUUUACCUAAAGUUGGAGGUAAAUCUGGAAAUGUAGGAAGUCCAAAGGGAUCUAAAGGAGGAUCUAAAAUAGGAUCAAAUAAAUCUGUUGGAUCAGUCAAUCAACCAGGAGACCAAUCUAAAUCCAAAAAAUCUAAAGGAAAUACAAGGAAUGUUGCAGGAGGCAUUGGCAACCUUAGUGCUGGUCUAAAGGGAAGUUUACCUAAAGUUGGAGGUAAAUCUGGAAAUGUAGGAAGUCCAAAGGGAUCUAAAGGAGGAUCUAAAAAAGGAUCAAAUAAAUCUGUUGGAUCAGUCAAUCAACCAGGAGACCAAUCUAAAUCCAAAAAAUCUAAAGGAAAUACAAGGAAUGUUGCAGGAGGCAUUGGCAACCUUAGUGCUGGCCUAAAGGGAAGUUUACCUAAAGUUGGAGGUAAAUCUGGAAAUGUAGGAAGUCCAAAGGGAUCUAAAGGAGGAUCUAAAAUAGGAUCAAAUAAAUCUGUUGGAUCAGUCAAUCAACCAGGAGACCAAUCUAAAUCCAAAAAAUCUAAAGGAAAUACAAGGAAUGUUGCAGGAGGCAUUGGCAACCUUAGUGCUGGUCUAAAGGGAAGUUUACCUAAAGUUGGAGGUAAAUCUGGAAAUGUAGGAAGUCCAAAGGGAUCUAAAGGAGGAUCUAAAAAAGGAUCAAAUAAAUCUGUUGGAUCAGUCAAUCAACCAGGAGACCAAUCUAAAUCCAAAAAAUCUAAAGGAAAUACAAGGAAUGUUGCAGGAGGCUUUGGUAACAGUGUCAGUGGUCUAAAGGGAAGUUUGCCUAAUCUUGGAGGUAAAUCUGGAAACAAAGGAAGUCCAAAGGGAUCUAAAGAAGGAUCUAAAAAUGGCUCAAAUAAAUCAAUUGGCUCUGUCAGUAAACCAGGAGACCAAUCUAAAUCCAAAAAAUCUAAAGGAAAUACCAAGAAUGAAGGAGUAUUUUCUGGUAUUAAAGAUUUAACUGAUAAACUGUUUGGCCUUUUGGGUAAGAAAGAAUCCAAGAGCAAAGAUCAGUCUGUGAAAGACAAAUCCAAGAAGGGUUCUAAAGAUAAAUCCAAACCUGGAUCUAAGUCAGGUCCACAAGAACCCAUCUGUGAGGAUGUACUCCUUGAGAGUGUUAACUUUGCCAACUUCUCUCGUGCUUUUGGACGCAAAGUUCUAUCUUUGACACUGACUAACCAAUUGUCAGCCUCUGGUUGUUUAUUUGGCACUUCCUUUGGCUUUGAUAGCAAAGAAGUCUUCAUCAAGAAUGGAUGCCGUGGCAAGUUCAGAGUCUGUUACGAGAAACCAGAAGCACCCCAGCCUAACACAAACUGCAAGACACCUUUUGCAUCUGUCUAUGGUUAUUGCAUUUACAGUCCUCCAAAAGCUGAAAAGAAAUUCAUUGACGCUGCAUCAGAAUGUGAAAAGUUGGGUGGCAGACUAUUUGUCAUUGAUGAUGGUAAAUACACCCCUGCUAGCUUGAAAACUUACCCUGAAUUCAAUGGUAAUCUUUACUAUUUGGGAGGUGCUGCACAAAUGGGUGAAGAGCAAGUUACAUCCAUUGCACAGAAGUACAAAAUGUCUGCUGAUGAUUGCCACAAAGCUCUAAAAAAAUUCUCAGGCAAAGCCACUGUUGAUGACUUGAAUCUUGUCUCUCCUCUUGCCUCACAAUGUGCAGUUAUUGAUUUGAAGGACUCUGGAUCACUCAGGCUUGUUGGUUGUGAAGAGAAACACAGAUUUAUUUGUGAACAAAGUGGACAAGGUGCAAAUGAUGAUGGAGAUUGGACACCUUGGAUUAAUUCAAGGAAACCUGACAAGAAUGGUGAUCAAGAAAGCAUUAGUGAUAUAGCUAAAGCUGUUCUCAAAGGCCAAUUGCCAAAUGUCAAGCUCUGUAAAAAACCAACUGACAUGCAGUGUAGGGCAGUAGGCUCACAAAACUUGAUUACAAAACAAAACACCUAUGGUCUAAAACUGGAAAAGGCUUGUGAGAAAAAUAGUAUUAAAUGUAUCAACAAUAAACAGCAAAAAGGAGUCACUUGUCCUGACUACGAAGUCCGUUUUAAGUGUCCCACUCAAGUUUUGAAGGACUGUGCAGUUGACAGUGUCAGGAAAGAGUGUGAACAGCAGAACAAAGUGUGUGUGAAUAAAGCUUUUGGUGCUGUUUGCGUCAAGAAACCAAAAGAAAGAACAGGCAGAGAAGUCUUGGGUCACAGCACUUGCACCAAAAACGCUGUAGUUCAGCAGCUCCUUGAGUGUACAAUUAAAGGCGAUCCUCAUUACAAAACAUUUGAUGAUAGUGUAUACAGUUUCCAAGGGGACUGUACUUAUGAAAGUGCCUCCACUACGCCCACUUAUGUAGAGACACCUGAUUACCCAGCCUUUAGAACGCUUUCAAUAAACAGAAAAGAUGGACCAGAUGAGAAAGUAUCCUUCUGUAGAGGCUUUAAAUUCAUUUUACGUGGAGUCAGUUAUUUGUUCUAUAAUGGUGAAUUCUCUGUAGAUGGGCUUGCACGUAGUCCAGUAGACUUCAAUGACCACCAGGUGAAUGUCAAAACUGAGUCCAGAGGUAACUUUAUAAGCCUGGUUAUCACCACUGAUUUCUGUAUGACCCUCAGCUAUGAUGGCUCACAAGCACUGACAAUAAAAGUUCCUGAAAGAUACAAGAAUAGUAUAAGAGGAUUGUGUGGCAAUGCUAAUGAUAAUCCCAAUGAUGAUCUUGUAGUAAAUGGCAAAGCUGUUAGUUCAGAAGUGUUUGGUAAAAGUCACAUGGUCAGUGGAGAAGGUGCCGACCAAUGUACAGAUGUCACUAAUCUGCCAAAGCAAUGUACAGCUGAUCAGGAAAAAUUGUGCAAGAGCAAGGCCAAAUGUGGUGCCCUAGAUCCAGACAGUGAUUCCCCUAUCCCAGCUGCCAUUUUGGCCAGCUCAGCCAAAGAUGUAAAGGAUUUGAACUACAAAAAGCUUAAAAUACAGUUCAAGGACUGCCUAGAAGAUUGUUGCUGGAAGAACCCCACAGAUAAUGAACGCUGUGGAGCUUUAGAAUCUGUUGUGCAAAAAAUAACAUCAGAUCUUUUCUUCAAGAGUAAAGACAUAGCCAGCAAAUGGCGUCAACAAGCUAAAUGUGACAAAACACCUCUGACCACUUGUGCUGGAAAACCCAACAAAGUUUACUCUACCAGUGCUGCCUUGAAAUGUCAGAACACUUGUACUAACAGAGCCAAGGAAGCUGAUUGUGAUGACAAUGAGGAAUUUGAAGGCUGUGUAUGCAAGGAAGGUUUCUUCCUGGAUUCUAAAAUGAACUGUGUACCUGAGGAGCAAUGUGACAACCAUUGUACUCUACUUGAAAAUGGUCAGACUAUUAUUGUAGAAGAUGGACAAAGUGCAGUUAUUAAAGCCUGUGAGAAGAUAGUGACUUGCCAGAAAGGAGUUGUUGUUGAGACAUCUAUAGGACCUUGCUCUGAAAAUGCAGAGUGCAGUAAGGAUGGAAAAAAAUGUUUCUGCAGAAAUGGCUUUACUGGAGACGGAAACUUAUGCACCCCAGAUAACAGCUGCCCAGCUGGCUAUGACCCUUUUGGAAAGAAAUGUAUUAGAUAUGAACCAGAAAACAUGAAGUGGGAGGAUGCUGCCAUCAAGUGUGGUGCUGACAAUGCACAGCUUUUAAGAUAUGAUACUGAUGAUGACAUUGCUAUUAAUUCAUACCUUCAACAAAUAAAUCAGCGAGUAAUUUUACAAGAAGCUAAAUCAAACUCCUUAGUUUGCAAUGAAAAGUCCACUUGUAAAGUUCCAAAAGGUCAGGUUGCUUUGGGUGUCCAAGUCAAAGCUUCCAAAUUUGCCUCAAGCUGUGCUGAUAAAAUCUCCCUCUCAACUGACAAGUGUCAGGUCAAAGUGGAUAAGGGAUGCACUGCCAAGGAUCUCUUAGUCAAAACUAUUAGCUCUAAGAGGAUGAAUGAGUUAUCCAACACAAAAAUGUCAUUCUGGGUUGGUGGUAACACUGACGUUUUGUCCGUCAAGAAGAGCAAUGAUAAAUCACGAUGUCAACUGGAUGCACCAAGACUUAUUGAUCCCAAGAGCUUUGAAAGUCAAACAGGUUGCUUCCAAGUCCACAGCGGUGGUGGCGUCACAUUGAACCCAAAUUGCAAGGCCCUUCAGCCAUCUAUUUGUGAAUACAUCAAGGAUCCUAAUACUGUUUUAACUACAUCAGCUAAUAUUUGUGAUGAUUUGGCUGCUAGAGGAGUUACUGCCUGUGAUGGUGGCAAAAUAUGUAAACCAACAAGAAACCACUUCACUUGUGUGUGUCCUCCUGGGUCUGUUGAGAACUCUGAGACUAAAUCAUGUGUUGGUUUCUGCGGUCAGUGCUCUGCUUGGGGUGAUCCUCACUUCACUACUUUCUGUGGAGCAAAAUACAACUACAUGGGUCAAUGCAAAUACGUGUGGGUUCGUCUGACAAAAGAUUACAAUGGCAACUCCCCAAAAUAUCAGGUAGCCACACAGCACAAAAGCUGUGGGGAGAAAAAAGGAGCCACCUGUAUUGAUAUUGUUUACAUUACUAUUGAGAACUGCCCAGUCAUUAAGAGUGGAACUGAAGUCAAAGAAAACUUUGAGAUCACAUUUAAAGUUGGAGAUUCAAAGUUCACGAUAAAUGGAAAAACCAUAGACCAGACAGACUAUACAACAGGAUGUGGAAUACGCACUGUGGUCAAGCCUGGCUACUUCUUGUUUAUUUCAUCCUUCAUAUCUUUGAAAGCUGAAGUUUCAGGCAGCAAACUUGCUGUUGAUGUGCCAGAGACCUCUAGAGGCUUUACUGAGGGUCUUUGUGGUAACUGUGGCAAAUGUGACAAGAGACAGUUUCAACUUGCCAAUGAGACUAUCAUCUCUAUACCUGGAAAGAGUGAUGAUUGGGAUGACAAGCUCAUGACUCAGGCAGCUGACACUUGGAUUCUCCCUAACCCACUGAAUGAUGUUGAAGAAUGUAAAAAGGCAACUGCUCCACCUGAUGAUUGUGCAGCUGAUGUAAAAACACAACUUUCUAAAAACACAGAGUGUGGCUUCUUCACAGAUUUAACUAGUCCAUUGAGUGCAUGCUUAGACUUUUUGAAAGUAGAUCGUGCAUAUCUGCAAGGGACCUGCAUCUACGACAGUUGUCACGGAAGCCCUAAUGCCAAAUGUUUAGCUGCCAAAGCACAGGCUGACCUUUGUGCCAGUAAAGGAUUCACUGUGGGCAAAUGGAGAAGUACUGGAUUUUGCCCACUGGACUGUGGUAACAAAGUCUACAGUGUGAAUGCUGCUUGCGAGCCUGUUUGUGGUAGGAGUGUUGUCGCUGGAGCAACCUGUGUGGACACACCCAUUGAAGGCUGCGUUUGUCCAGGUGGUUUGAUGAAACUGGGAGACAAAUGCGUGACCGCAGAUCAAUGUGGCUGCAAAAUCAACUUAAAUGGCAACACCAAUUCAUGGAACAUUGCUCCUGGUCAAGAGUUCAUUUUGCCUGGAUGUAAAGAGAAGGUGACUUGCUAUGUGAAGGAGGAUGGAUCCAGUGACUUGGUUCACUCAGAAUUCAAUCUGCAACCUAACACUGUCUGUAACUCUGAUAUUCCACCCCGAGUAGAAUGUGCUCAAGGUUUUAGUAGACAAGGAACCAGUGACCAGUGUAUACGUGACCCAGUUGUAUGUACUAAAGGUUUUGUUAAAGAAGGAGACAAGUGUGUGAAGCCUUCUAAACAAACUAACACAUGGGUCAGGUCUGUUUUAGUCUGUAAUGAACAAGAUGGAACUCUCAUCAAUGUAGACAGUGAUGGUGAUGAAGCAUCCUUAAGAAAUAUCUUACAAAACCAUGGAAUAAAAGAAACAUACAUUGCUGGUCGUGUGAAAGCCUCACCAAACGAUGAUGGUUCAGUUAGGUUUGAUGAUAUUUUGAAACCAGAGGAAAAAGGCAAAAUUGAGUGGUCUAACUAUGACUGUAGUGGCCAUGUUAAAAACAAGAUCAGGCUAUCUCCAUCCAUUAACCCCAAAGCGAUCCCUGCUAGUGGCACCUCCCUUAGCAUCAAAGUCACACUGAACAAUAAUAAUUUGGUCUAUGAGGCAGUUUCUCCAGACACUGUUGCCAAUUUCAUCUGCAAAGAACGUGUGGUUAAUGAUGAUGAUACUGAAUGGACUCCACCCUGUAACACAGACAGCAAUAUGGAUGAUGAUGGAGACCUCGAGACACGAACUUCAAUGUUGGAGAAUCCAGAUUGCAACAUAUGUCCAAGGCCUAUGGAUGUUCAAUGCAUAGAAAACCCAUAUGCAACUAACAAUGGACAAGUGGAAGGAAAAUGUGAGUUCAAUGCUGAUGGUGAAUACUACAAAUGUAAUGAAGGCAGCAGCUGUAUUGACAAAGCUGUUAGAGUCAAGUGUGUCAAAGAUGUUGAUGAGUGUGCCACUGGGCGACAUGACUGUCCAGCAAACUCUCAAUGUGUUAACACUAUUGGUGGAUAUACAUGCAAAUGUAACCAGCAAACUCCUCUCUUGGUCAAUGGGCAAUGCCAAGCCAUUGAUACCUGUACUAUGACUGGCCCACAAUCUUCAUUAGACUAUAGUCUCAACCUGGUCAACUUCUAUAAAGAGUCUGCAAUCUUUAAUAAUGAUUGUCAGUUCAAGCUGGCUUCACCCUGUGGUCCAUUAUCUGGGGGAGCACCCUACAUUACUGUCUACAGCUUGGGAACCCGUUUUAUGUUAGAAAGAACUGAAAGUAUAGCUGUUCAGGUUUUGGAUGCCAGGACAAAGACAUACACAUCAUGGAUCAUCACUUCUGAUCUAGUUAAUAAUGGUAAAGUUUCGAUUUCUGUAAAUGACUCAGAAAUAAUAUCAACAUUAGGCUUCACAGACCAUUCUAAAGGCGUUAGUGUCAAGUUCUUCCCACCAGCCUCUGUCAUAUUACAGAGUACCAGCAAUUUCUUUAACAUAAAAGUUUCAUUCCCACUAUCAGUCAAGCUUGAGUUCUCAGAGGAAUACAGAGGUAAGAUUUGUGGCCUGUGCCAAGCUAGACCUGAGUCCCAAGGGGCAGUCCUCAAGUUGUCUGACGAUGAAUUAAACAAGAUAUCUGUGUCAUCAGAAGCCAGUCAAAGCUGUGUCUCAAGUCAACUUCCAGUAGUGGUUCAACCAGCACCUGGACUACCCCAGUCUACAGUUGAGUCAGCAUCUCCUGAAUUGCCUGAUGAUGGAGAUUUCACUUCACCAGCUUCACCUGAGUCUACAGUUGAGUUAACCUCUCCUGAAUUCACUGAUGAUGAAGGCCUCACUUCACCAGCUUUUGGAGAACCUGAGUCUACAGUUGAGUUAACCUCUUCUGAAUUCCCUGAUGAAGAAGGCCUCACUUCACCAGCACUUGGAGCAAUUAAGUCUACAGUUACGUCAACCCCUCCUGAAUGGCCUGAUGAAGAAGUCUUCACAACUGAAGAAGAAGUCUUCACAACUGAAGAAGAAAUAAUCUUCACCUAUCCAUCCCAAACCCAACCUACAGCCACCUCCAAGUCAAACAUACCAGAUGAGCCUGGUUUUACCAGAACCAUCCCACCAUCUUCUGAGACUACCCUCCCUGAUGUGCCUGAUGAAACGUUCCCAACCUUUACCACUCUGAAGUCUAUAAGAACAAGUCUAAAUACCCUGCCUCCUCUUGCAACACAAGAAGAUAGACCAACAACCACACCUGAAGAACUUUUGACAACUGUAGUUGCCACAGUGCCCCCCCACCUAGACGAGGAUGAGUGUAAAGAUCAAGACAUCUUGUCCUGUAUUUUCCUGAAUGCUAAAUGUGGAGUUCCAAUAGAUGAAUGCAGAAGAAACUUAUGUACUGGUCGUCUUGACCUCUGUCUCUAUUUGACGGUUGCAAGUUUCCCUAAUUGCCAAGUUGGAGAAGACUUGAAAAAUUUAACUGAUGUCGCCAACUGUGGAAAAGUUUGUGGUGACAACAUGGAUUUCAGGUAUGCUGUCAGAACACAACAACCAACAUGCGCAGAGCCUUGGCUCAGUGGCUUAACUGACAAUGGAGACAAAGGCUUUGGCUGUGUCUGCAAUGAUGGUUUCCUCCUCAGUGGCACUGAAUGUGUUAGAGAAGAACAGUGUGGUUGUACUGUGUCUAAUAUGUAUAGGCCGGCUGGUAGCUCAUGGCGCUCUGAUGACUGCAGUGAAAUUAACAUUUGUCUUGGAAACAACAAGAAAACCUCCAUUGAUAGCCCUUGUGGUGCCAAUACAAGGUGUGAAGUCACAGAGAGGGGACCAACAUGUGUCUGUGAAGAAGAUCUCUAUGGAAACCCAGAAAUGCCAGACGGCUGCCAAGAAGGUGUUCCUUCUCAGGACAAGAGCAAAACUUGCUUCAAAUAUGUCAAUCCCAAUGGCCAAUCAGAAGAGAGAUGUGUGUGCAACAUGGGAUAUGUAUCUAACUGUGAUGACUGCGUUGAUAUUGAUGAGUGCAAAGAAGGUAUCCAUGAUUGUGACCUCUCAGUCUUCAAAUGUAAGAACCAACUAGGAGGCUACCAGUGCUUGUGUAAUGAAGGCUAUACAGACAGGAAUGGACAGUGUGUUGAUAUCAAUGAAUGCUUGACCAACAACCAGACCUGUGAACCCAACUCACAAUGCAAAAAUACUGAAGGAUCUUACGAGUGUGUCUGUUGUGCUGGAUACAUCUGGAGACCUGAGACUCAAAGUUGUGAAAGAGAAACUGUUGGAUUCCCAACCCUUCCUACUGAUGCUCGAUGCUGUGCUACGUGCAACGACCCCAGAUGUCUGGUAGAUGAAGCCUUGGCCUCCAAGUACUGCUAUGUUGACAAUGGCGAGAAGACUCAGUUCCCUAGCUUCAAGAGACUAUACCAAGAAAAGUGCAUUAGCAACCAGCCAUUAUUGAACAGAAACGUUAUUAAAGGAGACUGUCCUGAAGACACUCCGCCAUCCAGUAGCUCAGAUGGAGCUACCCCACCAGCUGUUCCUACCUCAUGUGAUGAUCCAACAUUAUGUGCUUCACUGCCUACACCACCUCCACUCAUGCAAUCAAGUAAAGUCUGUGGUCCAUCCAAUUCUGAAACUCCCAAGACAUAUUCAACAUACUGUGAUAUGGUCAAAGACAUUUGCAAAACCUCUGGAGGCCCUUCAAGCUUGCCCACAGAAUCUCCAAUCAAGGCAACACCAGGAGAAUGCCCAUCUGGAAAUGGCCCACCCCAACCAGAAGCACCACCUGCUGAGCCAAUCUUCACCCCAUGGAGCCCAUACAGCAAGUGUCUGUUUGAUGACAAAGUGAAAAACUGCGGGAAAGGUACAGAGAUCAGAAACAGGAGAGUUGUACCUUAUGAUGAUUUCAGAAAGGUCCGUCCUGUGGAGGACUAUGAAAGAGAUCAGAGUCGCCCAUGCUUCGUCCCAUGCACAGAUUUUGUAAAUGGUUCACCAGAAGACAACUGCCCACCAGUCAGUUUCUGUAAUGACAUCGACCCUGUCUGUGGCAGCGUGGGUGCUGGAGCAGCCCAAGAGUACAACAGUGAGUGUGAGAUGAAUGUCCAGGCCUGUCUGGCACAGAAACCAGCACACAAGCUUUACUCAGGACCUUGUGACCCAGAGGAUGGUCCUCAGAUACGUCAUUUCUGCACAGCCGGACCCCUCAAGGUGUCUGUCAAAUAUGACAAAGAAGAGAGUGGCGAGCAUUGUAUUGGUCAAGCCAUCAACAUUGGUAGCUGCAGUGACAUGUUAUGUGAUGGAGAAUCUACCACUUGCUGUAGAGCUGUAGACUUUGAACUGAUCCAAGUCCCCCUGCAAUGCUAUGACAUGAUUUCUAGACAAGCUACACGUGAAGCUAAGCAUGAGUACAUGUCUGCUAAACAAUGUGAAUGCCAGCCAAGCCACCCAAUAGUUCCACAAGUUUAAAUGAACUUUUGACUUGUUUUUUUUUUUUAAAUUCUUGGCAAUUUUGAUGUAAUAAAAUAAACAUUUAAAUAUGAAUAAACAUUGACAUUUUUUGCAA